AUGUCAGCUGUCGAUUAUUCUGUCGAUGUCGCUAGAAAAUCUGGCUGUGAGGUUCCAUCUUGGAAACACACAGCGCUACGGGCGAGACAAGUUCUAUCCGACAGCAUUCCCACGAGAUGGAAGUUGCCCGCCACGUUUGAGCCACCAGACACGGACUACCAGCGUGCCGCCCUUGAUUGUGGCAUCUUAACCCCAAGGCAAGUGAGUUUGACUCAUUUGACAGCUUCUGAGUUGCUACCCAUGCUACACACGGGGACAUUGAGUGCAGCCGAGUUGAUGGAAGCAUUCUGUGCUCGGGCGGCUAUUGCCCAGCAACUCAUCAACUGCCUGACAGACUUUUUCCCAGAGGAGGCGAUUGAGUCGGCCAACUUGUUGGAUGCUGAAUACUCCGAGACCCAAAAACCUCGGGGGCCUCUGCAUGGGCUUCCAAUCGCAAUCAAAGACACUUAUGCCGUCAAAGGCAAAAGAACGACAAAUGGCUGUGCCGCAUGGUAUGAUAGCGAGCCCGCAGAGGACGAUGCCUCCCUUGUCCAGGUGAUGAAGGAUGCAGGAGCGAUAAUCUUUGCAAGAACCACAAUGCCACAAACCGGCAUGGCUCUGGAGACGGUUAGUCCCCUCUGGGGCCGAACACUCAAUCCAUAUAACUCGAAAUUCGGGCCCGGUGGCUCUUCUGGUGGCGACGGCGCUCUAGUCGCCAUGCAUGGAGCUCCUUGUGCGCCGCUGGCCUCGGAUAUUGGAGGUAGCAUUCGUGCCCCGGCGGCUUUCAACGGUCUCUAUGGCAUGCGGCCAUCAUCUGAAAGGGUUCCUCGGACGGGACUGGUAUCACAAAGAAUGGGUCAAGUCUCGAUCAAGGCAUCGUGUGGUCCAAUCAGUCACAGCAUGAGCGAUCUGAAGCUUCUUCUCAAGUUGAUCUUGACACACCCAACCCUGCCGUACGAGCCAACGUGCAUUUCAGGAUUCUGGAAGGAGACACUUCCAAAAGCAAAACUCACGAUUGGUAUACUUUCAACAGACGGCAUUGUAGACCCACAUCCACCGGUCGCCCGCGCUCUCAGAGAGGUUGCGAUCAACUUGCGGGCAGCUGGACAUCAAGUCAUAGAGUUCAAGCCCCCAAUAGAUCUUUGGGAGGCUGCGCUCAUCACAUGGAAGCUCUAUUUCCAAAAUGGAGCUAAUGAGACCAUGGCGGCUCUGGCGACAUCUGGCGAGCCCAUGAUUGCUCAAUUCCGACACUACCUUGAAGUCUUCGACGUGCGCGAGCGCACGAUCUCGGAGAUCAGUGAAUGUCACAGAAACCAAGCCGCCCACAAACAGGCCUUUGUCGAUGCUUGGAACGCCACGUUGGAAGAGAGCGAAACAGGACAGCCGAUGGACUGCAUCAUCGCUCCUUCGGCACCAUUGGUUGGAUCGCCCCAUGACUUUCCUCUAUGGUGGGGUUACACGACGAUCUGGAACCUCAUAGACUAUCCCUCAAUCAUUUUACCGUUGAAGUCGUUCAGAGUGGAUCCGACAAAAGAUGCCAAAGAUAUGAGCUACAAGCCGCGUGACAAUCCGUUCGACAAACCCAACUGGGAGAUCUGUAAGUGA